UGUCCCGAAUUGAAGAUGCCAUGUCAAUAAACUCGCGUUUUGAGCGUUGCAUCCGAAGUUCGCGUUGGUGCUCUUGUGCUUGGUUAGUUUAAUUGAGCAAUUUAUGAGAACUGUGAUUCACAAUUUAUAUUUCUGUUCAGUUCAAGGAUCCUUUAUACGAUAGAUUUUCUGUUUAUGCAGCAGCACAAAUGAAUUAAAUGUGUUGUAUUAUUGAACUUAUUGAAACGCAGAGCAGAAAGCCACACACAGAAAUCUGACACUAACAGUAACAGUACUUCAGGUUUUGUUCUUUCAAACUUUGAAAUAUAUUGAAAAUUUGUCCAUUUUAUAUGUUACAAGAAGUUUGAAAUCACUUAGGCUAAGACUUAGGUACUCUACAAUCAGUGCAAUGGCAAUGCCAACAUAAAGUUUUAUUUAUGCUGCUGUUACAUGAAUUUUCAGGCAUGGAAGCUGGUGAAAGAGGCAGACCUCGCACGGGCCGCGUCCCCAAGUGUCAAGUUCACAAACGCAAACGACUUGAACUCGACGACGCAGUAUCCAAGCAGACAAUCACUAAGUCCCAUGUUGACGACCAACCUAAUUCCUCCCAUGACACUGACAGACUAACGCUAUCGUCAUCACCCGCACCCGACCACGUCCUACCUCUCCCCGCGUACUCCCCUUCCGUACUGCACACGUCUGGGAAUGACGCCACUCAUUCGUCACCCAACGACCUGCCGCCCGAUAUUCCGGAAGUGAUAAACCCGGAAAAGCUCCCACUUUCUCACCCAUGUCACCCGCAGCACCGGAUUGCAGUGCCCUCUCCGGAGCUCCAGUGGGUCGUGAAGAUUUUACCGCACACUCUGACCGUGUGGAAGAAGAGGCGGUGGGCUAUUGCCAUCGUUAGAG